AUGUUUCCGCUCAGCUGUUGGAUCAAGAACAAGAGCGUCUUCUACACCACCUGUGUGGGUUACUUCUGCCUGAUGUUCCUGCUCAACGUGGCCAUGUUCAUUGUGGUGAUGAUGCAGAUCUGCGGCCGCAACGGCAAACGCAGCAACCGCACCCUGCGAGAGGAGGUCCUUCGAAAUCUGCGGAGCGUCGUCAGCCUCACCUUCCUGCUUGGGAUGACGUGGGGCUUUGCUCUGUUCGCCUGGGGGCCCGUCUACCUGACCUUCACCUACCUGUUCACCAUCUUCAACUCUCUGCAAGGUCUCUUCAUAUUUAUCUUCCACUGCGCUCUGAAGGAAAAUGUGCAGAAGCAGUGGAGAAGAUACCUCUGCUGUGGCCCCUACAGACUCUCAGAAAACUCAGGAAACUCUCUGGAUUUGUCAGCAGGCCUGCUGCCAGGUUCACAGAGCUGCAAGAAAGAAGAGAAAACAGGACGGUUUAAUAAACUCUAA